CUGGUGCUGACAGUACCACCAAACUAAUAGCAUUCCCUUCCCAAAAGAGGAAAGAGAUUGUUACUGUCCAACGACUUGUCGCUCAACGAUGUAUGCACUUUUCAUAUUCAAAUUUUUUCUAGUACACCGGGUGCGGCUGAGAAUUUGCCCCUUCAGAGAACCUGUUCCGCAACCUUUGACCAUUCGUCUCCUCUCCAUUUCGUCAGUAGUGGGCAUCGACACCGCCGCCAUGAGUUAUGGUAUAAAUGUCGAAAGGAAUGGGAAUUGGAAGAUGUGGAUGGUGGUGGUGGAAGUGAGGCUGGUUGCUUAUUCUCUGACCCUCCUACAGCGGCGAGAGAGGUUAGGCAACCUCCAUGAUUGGAUUAGAAUCAGAAUCGAGCUCGUAAAAUGCUGCAAUACAAGUACAAUACAUUCUACGAGCAAUUAGUAAACCUUCAGAGAUUAAUAUCUUGUGCUGGGCAUUAUGUCUGUGAGGAAUGGUGUAAACAGUGUUACGAGUACCAAUGAGGCCAGCAAGUCAAAAAGCCGUGAAGAGAAGGGGAAAGACUCCGUGGUAAAUGGGCACCUGCAAGAGACAGAGAAAAGAGAUGAGGGAACUAACUCAGUUCCAUUUCACAGACUCUUUUCAUUUGCAGAUUCGGCAGAUGUUAUAUUGAUGAUCAUUGGAACAAUUGGUGCCAUUGGAAAUGGGUUAAGUAUGCCCCUGAUGACUAUAUUUCUUGGUGAUAUGAUUGAUGCUUUUGGUGAAAACCAAAAUAACAAAGAUUUGGUGCAUGUAGUUUCCAAGGUGUCUCUAAAAUUUGUCUACUUGGCAUUGGGAUCUGCUGCAGCCUCAUUUCUCCAGGUGGCGUGCUGGAUGAUCACAGGAGAGCGACAGGCUGCACGAAUAAGAGGAUUAUAUUUGAAAACCAUACUGAGACAAGAUAUUGCUUUCUUUGACAAGGAAACAAACACUGGCGAGGUCAUUGGUAGAAUGUCUGGUGACACUGUCCUUAUACAAGAUGCCAUGGGGGAGAAGGUAGGGAAAUUUCUUCAGUACGUAUCAACAUUCAUUGGAGGAUUUGUAAUAGCAUUUUUCAAGGGGUGGCUUCUUACCCUUGUCAUGUUAUCCUCUAUUCCCUUGCUUGUGGUAGCUGGUGCAGCCAUAUCUAUCAUGAUAGCUAGGAUGACAACCCGUGGACAAAAUGCUUAUGCAAAAGCAGCAACUGUAGCUGAACAGACUAUUGGCUCAAUUAGAACUGUUGCAUCAUUUAGUGGGGAAAAGCAAGCUGUAAGUAAUUACAAGAAGUUUCUUGUUACUGCUUACAAGUCAGGUGUUCGUGAGGGCUUCAUUUCUGGAUUAGGUGUUGGCCUAUUUAUGUUGAUCAUGUUCUGCAGUUAUGCUUUGGCAAUAUGGUUUGGAGGAAAGAUGAUACUGGAGAAAGGAUACACAGGUGGUGAAGUGCUUAAUGUGAUGAUUGCUGUGAUGACUGGUUCCACGUCCUUAGGGCAGGCAUCUCCCUCCAUGAGUGCAUUUGCUGCUGGACAAGCUGCAGCUUAUAAGAUGUUUGAGACUAUCAACAGGAAGUCAGAGAUUGAUGCUUAUGACACAAGGGGAAAGAUAUUGGAUGACAUCCAUGGAGAUAUAGAGCUGAGGGAAGUAUAUUUCAGUUAUCCAUCAAGACCAGAUGAGCAAAUAUUUACUGGAUUCUCUCUUUCCAUUCCAAGUGGCAUGACUGCAGCUUUGGUCGGACAAAGUGGAAGUGGGAAGUCAACAGUGAUCAGUCUAAUAGAGAGAUUUUAUGAUCCACAAGCUGGUGAAGUUCUCAUAGAUGGCAUUAACCUAAAAGAGUUUCAGCUUAAGUGGAUUAGGAAGCAAAUUGGACUCGUAAGCCAAGAACCUGUGUUGUUUAUGUCCAGCAUUAGGGACAAUAUUGCAUAUGGGAAAGAUGAAGCAACCACUGAAGAGAUAAGACUUGCAGCUGAAAUUGCCAAUGCUGCUAAAUUCAUAGACAAACUACCUCAGGGACUGGACACCAUGGUUGGUGAGCAUGGAACUCAGCUGUCUGGUGGACAGAAGCAGAGAAUUGCAAUAGCGAGAGCAAUCUUAAAACAUCCUCAAAUUUUACUCCUAGAUGAAGCUACCAGUGCACUUGAUGCAGAAUCUGAAAGAACAGUACAGGAGGCAUUGGACAGGAUUAUGGUCAACCGAACAACUGUUAUUGUUGCCCAUCGUCUGAGUACAGUAAGGAAUGCUGAUAUAAUUGCCGUAAUCCACUGUGGAAAAAUAGUUGAGAAAGGUUCACAUUCAGAACUACUUGAGGAUCCUGAUGGAGCAUACUCCCAGCUUAUAAGGUUACAAGUAAAUAAGGAUUCUGAACAUGCUGCAGAUAAGCAUGAAAGAUCAGAGAUUUCUUCAGAAUCCUGUAGACAGCCAAGUCAAAGAAAUUCCUUGCAAAGGUCCAUUUUUAAAGGAUCAUCUGUUGGUGGAAAAAGCAAUUGCCAUUCAUUCUCAGCCUCAUCAAGUAUACCUAUAGGACUUAAAGUCUCUGAAAAUUUCCAAGAAGAACUAGAAGUUUCUCCACAACAGAAAAAAACUCCAGAGGUGCCAAUCCGCCGCUUGGCAUGUCUCAACAAGCCUGAGAUUCCAGUGCUUAUAGCUGGAUCUAUAGCUGCAAGUAUCAAUGGUGCAAUAUUUCCCAUGUUUGGUAUACUAUUUUCUAGAGCGAUUAAAGCAUUUUAUGAACCACCUCAUGAAUUGAAGAAGGAUUCGAACUUCUGGGCAAUAAUCUUUAUCUUAAUGGGCUUUAUAUCUUUUUUAGCAUCUCCAACACAAUUAUACUUCUUUGCUGUGGCUGGGUCUAAGUUGAUCCAACGGAUCAGAUCAAUGUGUUUUGAGAAGGUGGUUCAUAUGGAGGUUGGUUGGUUUGAUGAACCUGAGCACUCAAGUGGUGCAAUUGGUGCUAGGCUUUCAGCAGAUGCAGCAUUAGUGAGUACUCUGGUUGGGGAUGCACUAGCUCAGAUGGUUCAAAACAUUGCAUCAGCAGUAGCAGGUCUGGUCAUUGCCUUCAUUGCAAGUUGGCAAAUGGCCUUAAUUGUUCUUGCACUAAUUCCUCUCUUAGGAAUCAAUGGAUAUGUUGAAGUAAAGUUCUUGAAAGGGUUCAGUGCUGAUGCAAAGAUGAUGUAUGAGGAAGCAAGCCAAGUUGCAAAUGAUGCAGUAGGGAGUAUAAGAACUGUCGCCUCUUUCUGUGCUGAAGAGAAGGUGAUGCAACUGUACAAAAGGAAAUGCAAAGGCCCAAUGAAGACAGGAAUAAGGCAAGGCCUUAUCAGUGGAAUAGGAUUUGGAGUAUCAGUCUUCUUGCUUUUUUCUGUCUAUGCAGCCAGUUUCUAUGCAGGAGCUCAACUUGUCAAGCAUGGGAACACAACAUUCUCAGAUGUUUUCCAGGUUUUCUUUGCUCUAUCCAUGGCAGCUUUGGUAAUUUCUCAAUCGAGUUCUUUUGCUUCUGAUUCUUCCAAGGCCAAGAAUGCCGCUGCUUCCAUAUUUUCAAUUUUAGACCGAAAGUCAAAGGUAGAUCCAAGCAAUGAGUCAGGAAUGACAAUAGAGAAUGUUAGAGGAGAAGUUGAACUUUGCCAUGUAAGCUUUAGGUAUCCAUCCAGGCCAGAUAUUCAAAUCUUACAAGACCUCAAUUUGGCUAUUCAUUCUGGCAAGACUCUGGCUCUAGUUGGAGAAAGUGGAAGUGGGAAGUCGACCGUCAUCUCAUUGUUACAAAGAUUUUACGACCCUGAUUCAGGUCAUAUAACUCUUGAUGGAGUUGAAAUUCAAAAGCUCCAACUCAAGUGGUUGAGGCAGCAAAUGGGGCUUGUGAGCCAAGAACCAGUCCUGUUUAAUGAUACAAUCCGUGCAAACAUUGCAUAUGGAAAGAAUGGAAAAGCAACUGAGGCUGAAAUUCUUGCUGCAUCAGAGUUGGCAAAUGCUCACAACUUCAUUAGUAGCUUACAACAGGGGUAUGAUACUGUUGUAGGAGAGCGAGGAAUACAAUUGUCUGGAGGGCAGAAACAAAGGGUAGCCAUUGCUCGUGCUAUAGUGAAAAGUCCAAAGAUAUUGCUAUUAGAUGAGGCUACAAGUGCCCUGGAUACUGAAUCUGAGAAAGUGGUUCAAAAUGCUUUAGACCGAGCAGUGGUGAACAGGACUACAGUUAUUGUAGCCCAUCGAUUAUCAACGAUCAAGAAUGCAGAUGUUAUUGCAGUGGUUAAAAAUGGAGUUAUUGUAGAGAAAGGAAAGCAUGAUUCUUUGAUCAAUGUCACAGAUGGUUUCUAUGCCUCUUUAGUGGCACUUCACACGAGUUGCCUCAACUGAAUGAGUUACUAGCUUUUUUUAUCUAUAUUGAUUUCUUAUAUUAUGACUCAACUUGUGGAGAUGGAUUUUGAAGAGAUUUUACAUUGCUUAGUUUCUUCAAUAGCAUACAAGAAGAGUUUUAAAUGCUUUGAUGAUUUAGAGGUUUUCAACAGAAUGGUGGAAUAGUUGGG